AUGAACACGAGCGGGUCUGGUCCGAAUUGCGGUCCGUUCGCCUCGAGUAGCUACAACAUGCCAAUCAGCGUUGUGUGCGUUCACUUUAUAGCUGGCCUGUACAUCCCGCUCUUCCUCGUGCUCUUUGUCCGGCGACGCCACUUGCCGUCCGUGCGACAGACCAACCCCGCCCACGUCGUCGUCAUUAGCACGUUUGGCGGCAUCUACUGCCUCGGAACCCCCGGUGCGCUUCUCAUCUACGAUGUGUGGCCCAUCUCGAUUGGUGCAUACGCGCUCGUGGCAACCGCGAGUUUUCUCUGGACGAUGUUUGCCGCCUUCUCGUCCGAUGUCGUCCUCGUUUGCACCUACUUUCAGUCGAAAUGGACGGUCGACAUGCACACCAACAUGCAAUCAAGCGUGCCGUCGCAUCAUUUCGUCGCUCGAUGCAAGCUCCUCCAGCGCGUCUUGGCUCCCCGCCCGCUCCUCGCCUUGUCGAUUGUGCUUCACAUCCUAUGGACGCUGCCGUACCUGCUGCACAUACUGCUCUCGGCCGAGCCCUCCUUUUGGCGCAUCAAGACAUCCUGGUCCGCGCCACUGGCUGCCGACCUCGUGCAUGUCACCGUGCUUCAGUGCGCCUUCUUGCUUGCCGGCACGACGUUCCUCGGAUACCUCCUAGGUAGCGUCAACGAAGCAUUUGCACUGCGGCGCGUCUAUGUGUCUGCGGCCCGCGGGAUCGCCGCGUGUUUUGUCGGGUACCUCGUGGCCGCUUUGGUUGUGCCAUCGACGAAGGAAACGCUGCGUACGACGCUCGCGACCAGCAUCACGCACAUGGCCGUCCAUGUGGUUGUCCUGCCGCUCCUCGUGCGGCCAGUGCUACGGAGUCGUCAUGAAGCGGUCUUGGCGCUCGCGCCCGCUCACUUUAGGGACAAGGAGUCGUGGGAAGCGAUCAACGCCGAUUUACUAGCGCUCUUCCUCGCGACCCCGGACGGUGCCGCGACGUACCUAGCAUUUACGCAGGUGCAGCUCCUCCCCGUCGCAUGGCUCCUCGCCUACCGCGACAUCAAGUCGCGUGUGGCGACGCCCCAAGCGCUCUACGAUGCGUACCUCCAGACCGAUUCGGUGCUAUGCAUGCGCGCCUUUGUGCCCGAGGCCAUUCGCGGCGAGCUCGACAUGACAUUUGCGCGCAACGUCCUUGCCUCCAAGAGCGAUGACCUCUACGUCAUGUACGACCCGCUCGUGACGCGGCUGCUUCAGGCGCUCGUGCUGCACACGCUGCCGCAGUUACUUGACCACCCGCUCGGCCACGUAUGGCACGCGUUUGUAGAGACGUACGGCGGGCAGUUCAGCGCCGACGACUUGCUGCUCAACGGCGCCGGCUACCUCGGGCCGUUUGGCGUGCGCCGCCCUUUGGGCACAAUCCACAGCCAAGCGACAUAUGUCUCGUCGCGCUUCUCGUCGCGGCGGCAGUCGCGUUACACCUCGUCCCGCGUCUCCAUGGCCAACUAA